AUGAAAUUCUCGACUGUCCUCGCUACUCUUGCAAUGGCCGCCACCUCCUUGAGCGGUGUCGCAGCUCAGACCACAUCGAGGUGUUGGACAUCCGCCACACCAGUUGCUGCUAACUAUGGACCUCUGGCAGACUUACGCAUUGAUGCCGGAAUUUUCUGCAACGAAUACGCUGCGGGCCCUGGUAUCUCCUCUGCUGGCCGCCUUAUUUUCGGAUUCCAAUCCGCUGGGUUCUUUGGAAACUUUGCUAGCAACUCGUCGUGCUUGAGCACAUUCAACCAACUCGUCACUGAUUGCUACGGUACCAACCCGAGUCGCCCAGCUACCCUUGGCGGUGUCCGCACCGACCCUGGAGGCGCUGAACUCAUCAUUGCAUUCGGUGAUGGCACUAAGCUUUAA